UUAAAAUGGGAUGUCAAGGGAGUAAGAACAAAAAGAAUAAAAAAAAGAACAAACCAAAUGUGAGAAGAAAAGGUAGAAAUACCGAGACUUACAGAGUGAGAACAGGAUUCAAGGUAACAAAAGAGUCUAUUCAAUUACUUUCUAAAGAUGAGGGUGACGAAUAUGCCCUCUUUGCAGACAUCGACGAAUAUUUUGAUAGAGAAGAGUUACCUCAAAGCAAAUACGUUACUCUUCUCAAAGCUAUAAAGGACAAUAAGACCAAGGAAUAUACAAAUUUGUUGAAAUAACUAUAAGAUCACAGCUAUGGAUCUGGUUACAGGACUUAAUGAUACAGUUGAUUUUGGAAAUAAGAAAGACGUUAGUGGUACAGAUCUGAAUCCUCUGCAUUGGGCUGUUUAUACUAACAAUUUGAGAGCAACUAAAGCUGUAAUCGAAAAUCAGAUUUUUAACAUUGUAAUUGCUGGCAAAGUUCCCACCAAUACAGGCAUGGCUAAUGAUAGUGAGAUUUCUCAAGAUUGCACUGAAGAUGCUUUUGACGGGACAAGUGGAGCAUUGAAGAGAAAUGCAAGCAGAAGAGACACUAAUACACAUAGUGAAAGUCGAUUUGGGUCAAUCCCCAGAAGUUUAGUUCUAUUCUGGCCAAUUGACCAAGAAAACUUAGAAAUCUUUGAUUAUCUAUGGAAUGAUCUGUCGGUAAACUGGGGAUUAAAGAGUCUUAAAUUCAUUCUGACAAUGAUCUGUAUCAAAGAGAAUAUGAACUUAUUAGAAUCUUUCCUUGAAUCCCCUACCUUUGAGAAGAUUGUAAACUAUAUGCCAUUCCAUGAGUCGAUGGACUUCUUGGAAGCAUUCAUUGUUAAGAAUGAACGUAUACCUGAAGAGAUGAAAAAUGAUUUAUUUGAUAGGCAAGAAAUGCUUGUAUAUGAUUUCGUUGGUGAACUCAUGUGACUAGAAAAUAAGGACCUCCAAAACUCAUCCCACCAAAAACUUAAAGAAAGGCUUAGAGAAGAAGACUAUGAAAGAAUUAAAAGCAGUCCUAAAGCUAUGGCUAAGAUCGAAGAACUUAAGAAAUAUGUGCAAUAUAUUGAGGAUUCUGAUGAAAGGGAUGAAAUCAACUCUCUACUUGACAGACUUGAUGAUUAAUA